AUGCAAAAUCCGGAUAGGAAUCAUAAUGAUAAUGCUGAUGGAAGUUUAGGAAUUCUUUAUGUUAAUUCAAGUUUCAUUAAUGGCGGCAGUGGUCAAGGAAAUAAUAUGGACGAAGAAAGUACUAACUGUGACUCUGAUACAAAUUUUGAAUCUUUUCUGAUUACUAGUACCCAAUCUUUACCAAUAAUUAAGAACUAUAAUCCUUUAAUGAAAUAUUUGAAACAAUGGCUACAAUUUAAGAAUGACCAACAAAAAAUCCGAAGGAAUAAAGAUGACAAAGAUGAAUAUAAUACAUUUAACGAUAAGAUAGAAGAGUUAUUGGAAGUAUAUGAUAUAAAGAAGUUUAAAUUUUCGGAAAUUAAAAAUUAUCAACUCAUUGGUAGAGGUGGAUCCACGAAUGUGUAUUCUAUUGAUUUACAAGGGUGUCAAAAAUUUUAA